GGGGAAGGGCGAGGCAAAAGCGAGGCGAAUGAAGUGUACUUCGGACUGAAGUCAGCGCAGCAUCGGCGCCGGGCUCUUCCGUGUCGCCGGACGCAACCGAAGGUGAGACUCGGACGCGUCGGAAGCGCGCAGCCCUGAAGAAGAUGCCUGCACCUGGAGGUAGCCAUUGACAUGAUGUCCGGCAUCCACUCUCCCAAUGCUUCACAGGCUUCACCUGUGAACCACACCUCAUGCUGCACAGAGCCCACAAAGAUCCAGAGCUCUGCAAGGGCAUCUUCACCUGCCGCCCCCAUUUUCUCUAUGACCUUGGGUGCUGUCUCCAAUGUGGUGGCUUUGGCUAUCCUGGUGCAGUCUUACACCCGCUUCCGGCGCCGCUCCAAGGCCACCUUUCUGCUGUACGCUAGCAGCCUGGUUAUCACCGACCUUGCAGGCCACGUCAUUCCAGGCUCCUUCGUGCUGCGUCUUUAUGCCACACAGAGCAAUUGGGAAAAGAUGGACCCUUCCAAAUCCCUCUGCCAGUUCUUUGGAGCCUCAAUGGUAUUCUUCGGACUGUGCCCGCUCUUCCUGGGCUGCAUCAUGGCAGUGGAGCGCUGUGUGGGCAUCACUCGUCCUUUGUUGCAUGCUUCCUUGGUGACGCCGGGCCGGACUAAACUUUCCUUGCUGGGACUGUGGGGCACUGCCCUCGCCAUUGCUCUGCUGCCUCUCUGCAGCUUUGGGAGCUAUGUCGUCCAGGCCCCAGGCACCUGGUGCUUCAUCAAGGUGCGAGAGGCAGAAGCUUGGCCUGACGUGGGCUUUGCCCUGCUCUUCUCCACACUGGGCUUGGCCUCGCUGGUGGCCUCCCUCUUCUGCAACACCUUCAGUGGACUCAACCUGGUGCGGGCUCGGCUCCGCAGUCAGCGCAAGUGUGGGCACCGGCGGGCCAAAGCCCAUGACAUUGAGAUGGUUGUGCAGCUGGUGGGGAUCAUGGUGGUUUCCUGCAUCUGCUGGAGCCCCUUACUGGUCUUUGUCAUCUUGUCAGUGACCAACUCCCAUGGAGACCUUAAUUAUAAGGAGCUGCUAUUCCUGGGUGUGCGACUAGCCUCCUGGAACCAGAUCCUAGACCCCUGGGUAUAUAUCCUGCUUCGGCGUGCUGUGCUACGCAAGCUCCUUGCUCUAGUUAUUCGGCGCCCUUAUUUCAAGGGAGUCCGCUUUGACCGCUGGGAAGCCAGCUCCUUCCAAAGCUCUGAGCGCAGUAUAGGGCUGGCGGGAGCAAGCAGGAGAACCUCUACUCUGAAGACCCCCUAAGGAGCACGUUUUGCACAUUCUCUGUUGUUUGCAGAAUUAUCUCCCCUGGGAUUCAGGGCCCUUGGAUGGUAGUGCUGUAUGCAAGGAGCGGAUAUGGCAUUCUCAGUUUACCCUCUCGGCCAAAAGAGCGAUGGGAUUCAAGAUUGUGGAGAAGAGCAUGCUGCUGGGCCCAGUUCCCUACCUAGUUGGGACUUUACGGUGGACAAGGGGCACUGGAUCUUUUUUUGGAGAUUUGUGAAGGAAUUGUGAUCAUCUUUUCUUGGCGGGGUGUGUGUUUGUGUGUGUGCCCCACAGCAGUGUUUACAAAAGUGUCUUGGGUUCAGUUCCUGGCACCACCCGUUCUGCAGGGCUGAAGAACAGUGGCUCAGAUCCAGGAGUUUCCAGUACUCAAGGCUAGAUGAACCAAUGGUCUGACUCAGUAUAAAACAGCUUCAUAUGUUCUGGUAAUUUUGUUGAUGACAGGGAGGAAAGCCAUGAUUAAGUGCGUUCUGAGUGUACCCAACACUUUCUUGGUACAAGCUAUGUGGUAUGAAUGGAAACCUUGACUUGUUAUUAGUGUUCUAGUCCAAAGUGGUGAGUUGUCAGUGCUUCAGAGCACAAUGGCAUCCAUGAAUGCCCCCCCCCCAUUCCAUAUUUCAAUGAUAACCUCUCAGGGGCAUAAAGCUUGCUUGCGGAUUCAUUACUAGGCAAGGAGACAACUUCUGCGAUGAUAAAAAUAGAGGGGGAGACCUUUGGCAUCCUUUCUUGGAUAAUUUGGUUUAGGCAUUUUAUUAUCCAGCUGCAGUUGAUAUACAGCAUUAUGUUUAAUCUGCGGUGACCUGGACACUCUGGGCCCACAAUGUUCUUUCCACAUCCCACUCUAGAGGCUGCUGCAGUUCAGUGCCGUGCAAAGGAACACAUACAUAAAUCGGCACCCUUCCUCAGAGGCAGCAGCAUAUCUGUCCAAGAAAAAACAUAAUCCCUGCAUAAUGUCCUUUCCUGAAACAGGAGAGCAGAACUAGGGCACAGGGUAAUGAUGACUCAGGACAGCAUUUAAUUUAGAUAUAACCUUGGUCAUUCCAGGGAACCCCUGCAUGCAAAUGGGGAUGCUCAAUGGGGUGAGAGGGUUGGAAAUGUGAUAACCAAAAGCUCUUCCACACAGCUUCCCACCCUCAAUGGGAAACGAGGAAGCUCCUCCUGGAACUGAGCACUUAUAAGUGAGCUACUUCCAUAGACAGGAAAGAGUUGGCGGAGCACCAGGCAGAUGGAAGCCUAUCUGGCUUACCAUGAAUUCCAAUUAGAUGGGAGGCUGCCAAAGGCCCUGCAGUGUAGUCUACUGUACUGGAGAGGUAGGUGGGACUAGCCAACAGACCAUAAGUGGGGUGCCUCCAGCUGCUGUUAUGCUCUGGACUUAGGAUAAUGGUCCUCCGGGGACUUUCAGGGGACAGUGGGAAAAUCCUGAGAAGCUUGUUCUGCAGGGAUCAUGCAGGCAGGGGAUCUAGGCUACUGCUUGCUGGUGCUCUGGCCUGAGAGAGCUGUUGAUUGGCGCUGACCAUUCUACAAUAAAGUAUUUUUGUGGAGCAUUCUGUCCUAUUGCACUUUAUUGUCUUCAUGCCACUGACUAAAUCCCAGCAUUCCUGCUGUCAGCUGGCUCUGUCAGCCCUACUAAUCUGGUAGGCAGAGUUCUCCAUUUAUCUCAUAGUGUGUUUACUCUUUUCCCACUCUGUGAUUUCUCUGCUCUGCCUGUCCUUGCCUCUUCCUAGAACUACUUGAUGACUAUGGGGCAUGUGUGAUUGGGCCUCUGGAAACCUGGCUGAAAUGUGGCAAAUGUGCACAACAGGAGAAGGGAAAGUUUAA